UCGGAGAGUGAGAAACUUCCCCUCACUCCUCCUCCCAAAAUUCCCUCGGACACCUUUAUUAUUUAACUUUCUCUCAGGAGCAGCCGCCGGUGACUCUGUCUGUCGGCAGGCUGUGCUUUUUUUUUGUUGUGUCUCUUUUUUUGUUUUGUUUUUAUUUCUGUCUGAAAUCACUGGACGCUCACAGGAGGGUUUCCUGUCCCGGUACGUUCAGGACAGCGGGUGCAACUGGAGUGACUCGACCAAGUUUCCCCCCCUUAUUACUGCCUGAGGAAUGAGAGGACUGCUGGAGAGGAAGAGCACAAAACCCCAUGUUUGAAUGAACAAAAGAAGAGAAAGCGAGGGUAUUGCCGCCGAAAUGGAGGAAAAUACUCUGCCAGCAACAGCAUGUCCCCAGUCAGAACUGAUCACAAACCCCACAAGGCCUGAUCCAGAGGGGGAGAGCAGCCCCCUGAAGAAAGAAAGCACCCAGAGAAUGGAGUCCCCAGUUAAGAAAGAUACAAACCGGAGAUUGACCACCCCUACAAAACCUGAUGUCAUCCCUCGAUCACCUGGAUCACCAGCUUCCCCUUCUCUGAAGUCGAAAAGAGACAUCAUGAAGUCAGAGGAGAGGCAGCAGCUUGCAAAGGAGCGCAGAGAGGAGAAGGCCAAAUAUCUGGAAGAGCUCAGCAAGUUGCAAGCUGCUAAAAAAUCCCAGUGGCUGGAGAAGGAGGAGAAGGCUCGACAGCUGAGGGAGCAGCAGCUGGAAGAGCGCCGCAGGAAGCUUGAGGAACAGCGGAUCAAGGCUGAAAAACGGCGAGCUGCCCUGGAGGAGAGACAGAAACAGAAACUGGAGAAGAACAAAGAACGCUAUGAGGCAGCCCUCCACCGGUCUACCAAAAAGACGUGGGCAGAAAUCCGGCAGCAAAGAUGGUCCUGGGCUGGGGGCCUCAGCCAGAACUCUAGCCAGAAAGAAAGCAGAUGCUCUGUGUCAACGGUCAACCUGCCCAAACACGUGGAUUCUGUUAUAAACAAGCGACUCUCCAAGUCCUCCGCCACGCUCUGGAACUCCCCCAGCAGAACCCGUAACCUUGCACUGAGUCCAUGGGAGAGCAGUAUAGUGGACCGGCUGAUGACGCCCACCUUGUCUUUCCUCGCUCGGAGCCGCAGUGCUGCCAGUGUCCUCGGCAACGGCAAAGAUGGUCACUCUCCUCUCUGUCCCCGCUCGGCCUCUGCCAGUCCUUUGACCCUGUGCGCCCACCAGCCCCACCACCGCUGCUCCGACCGCUGGCGGGUGACAUCCAGCACACCAGACAUCACCCAGCGCCAGCACAGACGGAGCUCCACACCUAUGGACAAAAACAAGAAAGAAAAGAAAGACAAGGAACGGGAGAAUGAAAAAGAGAAAAGUGCAAUCACUAAAGAGAAGGUGCUCAAGAAGAGACAGUCUCUUCCCAGUAUGAGACACAGACCAGAUCCAAGUCCUAGUCCAUUAUCAAGACAACGGCCGUCGUCUCCAGCCACACCUAAGGGCAGAACUGCCUCUCCCAGCUCUGCUGCCUCCCCAAAGCCUACACCCACACGUGGCAGCCCGUCGACCCCUAAAAGCCGGCCCAAAAGAGCCAGGACCCCUGCCAGAAUAGACCAUCGCACCUCUUCCCCCGUCCCCCGAGAGAGAGUGAAGGAGCCUCGCAGGUCCGCCACCCCCGAAAGCAGAAAGAGCUCUCCUGUCACUGCCAUAUCCUCAGCCGCUUCCACACCCCACACAACCACCGCCACUUCCUCCUCACCUGAGCCGGUCCACUCAGCGGCGUCACCUGCACCUUCUCCAUCGGCCAAGCCCAUGGCAGGCACCAACAAUCAAGAGGAGGCGGCUCGCAUCCUGGCUGAGAACAGGCGGCAGGCCCGUGAGCAAAGGGAGAGGGAGGAGCAGGAGCGCCGCGAACAAGAAGAGAAGGAGAGGAUCCUGAGAGAGGAGCGAAUAGCGAGGGAGGCAGAGGAGAGACGUCUAAGGGAGGAGGAGGCCCGCGCCAUGGCCGAAGAGCAGCGGAAGAGGGACGAAGCCCAGCGUUUGCAGGAUGAGAAGGAGGCUGAGGAGAAAGCCAAAGCUGAGCAUGAGGAGAACCUUCGCCUGCAAAAACAGAAAGAAGAGGCUGAGGCUAAAGCCCGGGAGGAGGCGGAGAAGCAGCGCCUAGAGAGGGAGAAACACUUCCAGAAGGAGGAGCAGGAGAGGCUGGAGAGGAAAAGGCGUCUGGAACAGAUCAUGAAAAGAACACGCAAGACAGAUGGAGGCGACAAGAAAGAGGCUAAGUCCUUCCCACUCGCACAAGUCCAUGACAAAGAGGCAGAGAGCAGCAAAGGAUCUGCCGACUACCAGCCAAGGCCUGAUGUCAACCUGCCCAAUAACAAGACAGAAAAUGGACAAACCAAUUUCAACGAGAGCCCCUCAGUCGUGGUUAACGGGGUCCAACCCUCCAGACAAGAAAAUGGUUUAUCCACUAAAGGAGACACUGCCCACUUUGAAGAACUCAUACAUCUCGCCAACCAUGGCAACACCACCAAUGGUGCACGGGACAAGUCUGAGACCACCAUGUCCACCGAGCCGAUCCUCACUUUCGAAAGUGAGGAGUCAUUCAUGAUAAAAGCAGGCCCCAUGAAGCCUCAGCAUGUUGCAGAGGUCCUGUGACAUGUUCCAGUGUUGAAGUGUUCGUCGCCUUAGGCCACUGACCUUUUUCCCAGCGCUCGCAUGGGGAGCCCUGUGACCUGUGCCAGUCAACAACCUUUUUUCUAAGCCCUUAAAAGCAAACAUGCAUCAUCAUUCUCUGAAGACAAGGGGGCCACUGAAGAUAAUGACAAAGCAUCAGGACGCAAGCAACAGACAAGACAGGAUUAAAGGUGUUGCUGCACGCAACACAGGUGCAUCAGUGUUAACAUUUGUAAAGAUCUUUGUGGCACCGAUACCAUGCACCUUAUUACUCGACAGUAUCAUCCAUUGUACAUUACAGUACAGCAGAGUAAUUAUUAUGAUAAGCUGAAAAAGAAGUGUUUGUUUUCUUUGUUCUUCCGUUUAGUAUUUAACUGAAAGAGAAAUAUAAAUGACUGGGUACAUUUUUGUGAAUAAUGUAAAUGAACUUUGUGCGAUGGACAAAGGAGAUGAGGGUCUGCUGGUUAAAAGUUGUAUGAAAGGGAGCCAGUUUAUGCUACUCUGCUGUGAGUGGACCCUCUUAAGUAAAACCCAGGUAUUAUACACAUCCUGGUCUGUAAAAAGCUACCUGUAACAGUUUGUAAAGUUAAACUGAGAAAUUUGGAAAGAGAUUUGAAGUUCAAAUGCAACAGCUUCUCACUGUGUGUAAACAUACUGCCUGUUCAUAUCCAAACCUGCUCAGCUAUGAUUGAUUGUAUGCAAAACUGGAUGUAAUAAUGAGUGUGCAACCUUGACAAUUAGGAUACAAGAAGUCAUAUAUGUAUGGUCACUAAGCCCCACUAUUUUACAGUUAAAUCUGUUUUUUUUUUUUACAUGUGCAGCAUGACUGUUUUCUCUCAUUUGAAUUGAGAUUUCACGGACUCAUAUGUAUUUGAAAUGCAGGUGUGUGUAUAUGCUAUAAAUAUAUUUUGAUGUGCGUUACAAGGUUAGUGGGAGUCUUAAGUCUUAUUAAAGACAAGCUGUCCA